GGGGCUCGGCCGUCCUCCGGGGGCCGCGGGGCUCCUCGCAGACGCCCCCGGGCUGCGCGGGGCCGGGGCGGGGGCGCGGCCCGGCGCGGAGGGCGGAGCGCCCGCCCCUGACGGCCGCGUCCCGCCCCGGCGGAGACGGAGCGAGCCCGCGGCAGAUGCAGCCGUGCCGCGCCAUGGCCGGCCGCCGCCUCCUGGGGCUGCUGCUGGCCUUCGCCGCGCUGCUGGGCGCAGGUCAUGGGGAUGACGCAGAUGACUUCAACCUAGAAGAUGCCCUGUUUGACCCCGUCACCAGGCGACCCACUCCCAAGGGCCCCAGGAAGCCGGCAGGUGGGACAGACUUCGACUUGGCUGAUUACUUCGACACGCCCGUGGAGACUACCACCAAACCAGCCAAACCCACUCCCAAGCCCUUCCCCAGGCCAGGGAAGCCAGACAGCGGCUUUUGGGAUGUCAUUCGCACCACCACGACCAAGCAGCCAAAAACAACAAGAGCCCCUCCUAAGCGUAACCCAGAAAAGGAUCCUAUGGAUUUUGACUUGGCUGAUGCCCUAGAUGAUAAGAAUGAUAGGAAGGAUGAUAGGAGGCCGGACGUAAGGCCAGGUGAAGGAUUUUCAGACGAUGACCUGGCCAGCGUUGUGGACGGAGGCUACAGCCCAGACAAGAAGAAGGGUGCCAGCGGCAGCUCCGACAGCGACGGCUACAGCGGAGUGGCAGAGACGGGGACGAUUGCCGGCAUCGCCAGCGGCCUGGCCAUGGCGCUCAUCGGGGCUGUCUCCAGCUACAUCUCCUACCAGCAGAAGAAGUUCUGCUUCAGCAUCCAGCAGGGACUGAACGCGGAGUAUGUGAAAGGAGAAAACAUGGAAGCUGUCGUAAGCGAGGAACCCCAGGUUAAGUAUUCAGUCCUGGAAACGCAGUCAGCAGAACCACCAAAACAAGACAGUGCGAAGAUAUAAAGCGUGACCCAGGGCUAGAAAAUAAUCAGUCAGCAGCAAGAGAGAUCUUACAAGCUUGUAAUUUAGCUUUUAAUUUAAUUUGACUCCAAAGCUAUUUAAUGUGUAUUUAGGCUUGAACUGGCUUUUUAUUGCUCUAGGCUUUAGGUUUAGACUGGUAGCAUGUGUUUAUUUUUUUGUGAAGAGGUUUAUGUUUACAUCAAAGCAGUAGUGCAGGAUUGGUGUGCAGCUGGAUGGAAAUCCACAGAAGGUACUUCAGCUGUGGUCAGUUUUCAAGAGCUUACAGGUAUGAGGACAGUGAAGUGCCUGUAAAUAGCAAUCCAAAGCCAAACCCUGCAAAGCCCUCUGCAAAGCACCUCCAGCCACCUUCUGCCUUCAGCUCCAGGCAGUGCCACUUCCAAUGGUGGGGACAAAGCUACACAUUUCCUGAGGGUGGAUUGCAGUCCUUCGUGUAGCUACACCUAAAAAUGAAGUGCCUAUGGUGGGUCCUUGUGUGGGCCUUGGGCUGAGCCAGGUGACUCCCUGCUCCCAAGCCAGGAGUUGAGGAUGCUUCACCACCACCACCCAGCGCUCGGCUUCUAACCAAAGGACCUGAUUUUCACACCAAGUUACUAAUGCAGUUGACAGCAGUGUGGGCAGUGUUCACUUUUACUAAAUGCUAUUUGAAUGCUCCACUGUGCUGCAGAUCAGAAUGGAACUGAAGUGAUACAGUUUUGUCUUAAGCUGUUCCAGGGGAAGUUUAGGCUAAACAUCAGGAAAAAAAUCCUCACUGAGUGACUGGGCAGUGGAAUUGUCUGCUCAGGGAGGUGGUGCAGUCACUGUCCCUGGAAUUGUUUAAAAGAGACUGGACAUGGCACUCGGUGCCAUGGUUUAGUUGAUGAGUUAGGUCGUGGGUUGGACUGGAUGAUCUCAAAGGUAUUCUCCAACCUAGUUCAUUCUGUGAUUCUGUGAUUCUGUCUCUGUGACUUCAGACACCUACAUUGUCACCACAGUUAAAGCUGUGUGCAUAUGGAGGUUUUCAAGGACAGGUUCAGAUCUCAGUCACACUAGCAAAAGUGACUGAUUUAACCCAAAAGAAAAUAAACAAAGCAGGUAUCUGUUAAGUCCUGUAAUGCUCAGUACAACAGAACUCAAGCUUUACAAGGUACAGUCCACUCAUUCUUUUAUCAGCAACUAUCAGGAGUGUUCCCAGAGGCAGAAAAAAGAUUUAAGCUUUCACUCACUGCCUAACCUUUAAAAUAGGCAGUACCUCCUGAGAGGACAAAUCCUCCAUCACUGUCCUGCAUGGGGUUUCUGCAGCUGCCUGGAAGCACUGGGCUGUGAGAGGUGCUGAGCAGGACCCCGGGCUGCACUGGGGCAGUGCACACACAGCCCCUGCCACGCUGCUUUACUGCUGCCUACACCUGACCUUCACUAUCUUGCAGGAAUUUCUGUUUCAAUUUCUAAUCCGUCCCCAGCAACCUUUCUGACUGCUGCUAAAAUAUGGAUAACUGCCACUUCCCAGUACAUUUUUCCAAAUCAAUGAGUGCUUAAAAAGCAUGCUCUGAAGUGAGGGAAAUUUCACUUUACAUGGUGUAAGAGGUACUCACUAUUUAUAUAUAAACCUGAAAUGUGAGCAUUUUGUACAGGUUUUCAAAUUCCAUAUUUUAUGAGCAUGUAUUAAGAAAACCAAGCCUUUCAGUAAGAUGUACAAACUCACAGCUUUCAGGUAGACAUGACUUCCAGGCGGCCUUGCCAGGAGGUGAAUGAGCCCAAGAGCAUCGCUGUCUAACAGCUCCAUUUGGAGGGAAAUUGCCUAGUAACUUGGUUAAGUAUUUUGCAAUAGCUGCACAAUUCUUUAUGCUCUUUUUAACACUUGCAUUUUUAAAGCCUUAUGCUAGCUCUGGCAGAACAGCUACAGCAGUUUAUAAGGUGCCUCACAACUAUUCAGAAUGCUUAGGCUACAAUGAUACUGCUCUGAACUAUUGCUGCUUUGUUUUAUGAAUGUCUGGAAUAGGAAAGAAAUGUUAAUUAUUGGCUCAGAUAAUGGAAGCAUAGGAAAGAGAUGGAAUACACUGUUUGCUUACUCCCAGAGAAGGGUUUUCAUGGAGGAAAUGUGCUCUGCAGAAUUGGCAGCAGGAGCUCAGGUGCCGGCUAAGCCACACAGCUGAGUUUGUGUAUCUCCAGUCCCAAGCACCAGCACUUGUUUUUUUGUUGUUAUCCAAACACAUUUGAAAGCUCCAGCAUGAAAUGUGUUUUCUGUAAGCUAUUGUAGAUGAAGUGUUACAGCAGGGCUGUUUUUCCCAGCUUACAUCUAGUGCCCGUAAUUCCUCCUCUCACUUUUCCAAUGACAGUGUCAAUAGUCAGUGUGGUUUAAAGAGUACAGCACCUACCCCUCCUCUGGGGAACUCUUCCACUAGGGCACAGAGGGAGCACAAGUCUAAUUCAAAAUCCUACAGGUCAGAUUUAACAAGGAAGGGCAGCAAGCUGUUUCGCUGGAAAACCCACCCCAGUUUUUGGGACUCAGAAGCUGCUGCUUUGGUUCAAGGCUCUAAUAAAACACUGCUGAGUACUUAAAACUUAGUGUAGUGUGUAGGUAUGUGGGAAACCAUAAAUGCACAGUGAAAGAAGUGUUCCAAAGUGAAUAGUGACAGAAUUCAAGAUUUCUUUCUCUAGGAUUUCAAAUAGGAAAAUACUUGCAAAUUCUGCAGUAGAGAAAUUGGGCUUGGCCUUCUCUUCAAAACUGAACAAAAGUCAGAGUCUUAGUGAUAAAUGUCAGCAAAGGCUCCAAUGAUUUUUUAUUGCUGUUUGUCCUCUCUUCCAUCUGAACUGCCACCAGUCUCUGAAAAACAGUGAGUUUAUAUCAUCUAUAUUUUAGACAUUAUAGCAACUGAGAGGUUUCCUGUGUAUUUUCCUAGCAGUGAUCGAAGUUCUGGAACAGCUGACCCAGCACUGACCUCUACUUUCACUUAAUUACUAUUUAUUCACUUUAAAUUGGGAUAUGGAUUUUUAAAAAAUCCUGCAUUUAAGCUCUGUAUACAUGGCAUGAACUUUCUCGUCCUUUAUUAAAAAAGGAAAUAAACCACUAGAAAAUUGGUCUGCUUUUUUUUAUGAGUCCAACACCUAUAUAUACUGACAUUUUGAGAUUUUUGUACUAUGUAUGCUGUGAGCUCUUUCUUAUGACACCUCACUUCUAAAGCUAUUUUAAAUGGCAAUAAAAUGAUUCAGAAAAGGUUUGUCAAAGGUUUGACAGAGAAAAGAGAGAGCUGAAAGAAUUCAGCUGGCUCUUUUUGUGUUUAUUCUUUCAAUUACUUGCAUUUUACUUUGGCAGUACUUCGUUUCAGAUUCCUCAGCUGAGAAUACUGACACAAAUUUCAGAUCUUUUUGGCACUAUAAACUCAGUCAUUUUCAAGCAACCCCACUAACGAACCCUUACAAGUGCUCCACUGUCAUCCUUAACUACUCAUUUGUUGUGAUAAAAGUGGAAUUAGUCCAUAAUACUGUUUCAGAUUCUGAAAGAGAAGGAUGAGUCGGCAGGCUGAGGCUUUAAAAAUUGCUUCUCUAACAGAUGAGGUUGAGGAACAAAUGAAGUUCAGAAGCAACAGGGUUGUGAAACUGGAGGACUCUUACUUUUGAGUGCUUCUAACUUAGAAGCAAGAGAGAUUCCUUGCUGCUGAAGAAGUGACCUGUACCAAAUGAGGGUUGAAUGUUACGCUGUAACAAAAUACAUUUUGUUAAUGUGUGUGUAAGGGUCAGGGGGUAAAAACCAGAAUUUAAAUACCUUUGGAAAACACCAAAUAAACCAAAUUAACUAGAAA